AUGGCAAUAGCUUCAUAUACCCGGCAAAAUGCUUUGGGGAUACCAGAAAUUCUUUGUAUGUGCGUAUUAGAUAAUAAUAAUGUUUUGGUAGCUUGUGUAGGAACAACUGACUUGUUUCAAUUGACUGUGGACGAUGAUACUGUGAUAAUAACUCAUAUAUAUUCAUUGGAACUUCAGGAAACGGCUCACAAGGUAAGAUAUAUUUCGUCAAUCAAUAGUAUAUUUCUUUUGAGUGGAAUAACGUUGUGUUCAGGUAUCUUAGUGAAAUCUUCAACUAGUUCUACUUGUAAAGUAUGUCCACUAAUAGGAGAUGAUGUCAAGGAUUUUGACCUUGUCGUUAUAAUGGAAGGUGUUAUUCUCUCUGCUUUAGUGGGAUAUGAUAUAUCGAUUUUUCUUUGUACAGGGGACGAUGCAUUUCCGUUAAAACGUUUUUACGUGGGAAAUGUUUGUAUGUGUAAUUGGGUAACUCCAGACUGUUUGUGUUGCUCUGAGUUUGGUGAAAUGCGUUUUUAUGGUGUAGAUGGUACACAUAUACGUUCUCUUGGAUCUCCUGCUUCAAAGGCUAUAUAUGCAACUCCUUUACAUCAUUACUUUGAUAAUGAUGUUUUGAUAUCUGAAAAAUCCAAUAAACGGUACUUUAUUGUUCUAUUUGACGGAAAUGAAGGUUAUUUUUCACAUCAACUUGUUGUAUUCUCCCAAAAGGGAAAUACUGUUACUGAGAUAGAAAGGUUUCCUAUUUUCGCUAUAUCACGUCCAUCAUGUAUCUUUUCUAUUGGUCCUUGGGUUUGUGUUGGGGGAUCAUUUGGAUUGGAAUUUUAUGAUUACAGAAAGGGAACGUAUGCUCAAUCUUCCCUAGAAAAUGUAUCGGUGACUCAUUAUUCCUUCUCUAAUGUUUGCAUAGAUGCUACUAUAGUUCCUAAUGACACACUCUAUUCAAGAGCACAUUAUGGGGUUGCUGUUAGCAAGAAAUCUAUUUAUGCGUUGUGUUUUCAAUCAAUUAUAGAUGUUGUUGAUGAAUUAAGCUCUAAUACGGCCUUUUAUUCAGUAUUGUUAAAAAGUCUGUUAGUAUUUGGUUCUUCUGUUCGAGCAAAACGAACCAUGUAUUCUUCUAAAAGAAUACAUGAUACCGUGUCAAGUUGUAAUAUACUUUUUUCAGAAUAUGGUUCAAUUCUUUCUAGGUUUCAUGUUCAAUUAAGUGAUUUUCCUCGUCGAAGAUCAAUUUGUUUUGCUUCUACCAAACAACCAGAUACCUGUGCAAUAUGUGGGAUAAAAAGUACUUUCACAUCUAUCCUUUGUGAAUGUGUGAUAUGUCAUUUAAUUGUAUGUCGGAAAUGCUCUUUUGUUCGUAAUAUGAAAUUAUAUGGUUAUAGUUCUUGGGAUAAAGGUAUUGUAUGUUGUCAAUGUGAUGGAAGAUGUGAUUUAAACUUGUAUAGACUAUUUGUAGCACGUCGUUUUACACAAAUACUAAAUUACAUGGAACAAUACCCAGAAAGAUGUUACCAGUUUUCUUUAAAAAAAGUUGUUCCUCCUCUUUUAGAACAGUGUUUUGGAGAACGAAAGUUUGAACUUUGCGCUGAACUUCUUGAAAAAUAUGUAGCUAAAGGUACAGUAUUCUGGGAUCAGUGGAUUGUUCGUUUUGUUUUAGAAAAGGAGGUACGUGCUCUAGUUCGUGUUCAUAAUCCAAAUGAUGCAGAUGAAAAUUGUAAUACUACAAUAUUACUUCAUCUUGUUAAAUGUGAUGUUAAGACUUUGUAUUUACUAAUACAAGAAUGGUCUAAUAAGGCGUAUAAUGAUGAAAUAAUUCUUCAUGGUAUCAUGUCACGUCUUUCUUUUAAAAAGGAAGAGGCUCGUGUGUUACAAGAAUCUUGUCAAGAAGGUUCUUUAACUUUUUCAGAACUUCAAAAUGCCAUAGGACUUCUUUACUUUGAUGAAGAAGUUGAUACUCUUCUUAGAGUAUAUCUUUAUAUUUGUUUUCGAAAAAAGAGAUACAUGGAUGGAGCGAAGUGUUAUAUGGAGUAUUUUAUGAUGAUGCUUCCUUUUUCAAAACAUGAACGUACACGAACUUAUGAGGUAUUUGAGGGUUAUAUUUUGUUAGGACAGCCUAUACGUAAAUAUCCGCCUUCAGGUCUUAUAGAUUUUUGGGACUUAAUAACAAGUCAUGGUAUCCUUGAGAGUUUCAUUCGUUUAAAAGACUCUACAGGAACUACAGUUUUUUUAACACCUUUACUUAUUCAUUAUCGUGAAGAAUUUGGUCGAUAUUUAGUGGAUUCACUUCAUUCUGAUUUACUUGAAGAUGUACUACAAUCUGUCGUUUCUGAUUUACAAGAGAGUCAACCUUCUCAGCUUUUACAUGUAUUAGACGCUUUGACUAAUGUUUCUCCAUUAGCAACGUCUUCCUAUCAUUCUCUUAUGAGUGAAUUAUACUUGGAGUAUGCCCCUGAAAAACUUUUAAGUUUUAUUCAAAACCCUCUAGUAAUAGGAUUAAACUGGAAAAAACUUGCCAAAUCAGUAGAAAAUAGAAAGAUGUAUCGAGAACUUAUUUACAUAGUUGGUAAAACUGGUAAUGAUAUGGAAGCUGUUCGUAUGGCUAUUCGUUGUAUGAAGAGUGUUUCACUAGCUUUAGAGUAUAUUAAAGAUAAUCCGAAUAAGAUUCAUCUUUGGAAUUCACUCGUAGCAAAUGUGAUUCAAUCUCCUAUUCUUAUUGGUGACUUUCUUGAUGCUGUUGAGGAUUUUACAAUAGUUGAAUUUCUUUUAAAGUCUAUUCCAGAGCAAAACCGUCUUAGUAUUGAGCGAGUUGGUCCUCGACUAAAUAAAGCUCUUCGAAAUAAGUGGUGUACUGAACGUAUAGAUGAGUCUUCUGUAGAUUCUAUGCUUGAAGAUAACUAUACUUUACUAUGUCUUUUGAGGAAAAAAAGUUGUAAAGGAGUAUCUUAUGUUUCAAAUACACUAUGUAAUUCAUGUCAUCAGAUAAUUUCUGGAGAGCGUAUAGUGGAUGACUAUGGUAUGUCCUUUCAUAUUACAUGUGUCUCAGUAUCAUCAAAUCAACGUUCUGCAAAUAAAGAGAGAAUUAAUGGACGAAAUUACAGACCAAAAUAUAAAAGAGAAGUUGAUCAUGAAAUAAAUUAUGUGGAAUAUUAUACAAGUAGAUCUCUUGGAGUUUCAAAUCUACUUCUUCUCUUACCAGAUACUAUCAUGCAUCAUAUUCUUCAGUUUCUCUCUAUACAUGAACGUGAGAUUUGUAGGUGUGUUAGUCGUUUAUUCCGAAAAAUCAUCAGUUCGUUUUAUAUUUUUAACAAAAGAGAAGAUGAUCAUAUUAGUAGUCGUUACUAUACUCGUUUACAAGAAAAUGAAAAUAGAGGGUGUCGACAAACUAUAUAUCUGGGUAAAGUACCCAUACUUGGUUUCUCUGGAAGUACAAUGCUGCCAUCUUCUUCCUCCUCUUCCUGA